UAUAGUAACAAUUUAAAAAGGUAAAAAAUGGUCUUUUGUCUUUCGGAAAGAGAGUUUCUAGUUUCAUGUGAAAGACCAUCGAGCUGCCCCAACCCCAUAUGAUAUGUGGUGUCAGCGGUGAUCGGUGAGGCUCGUGGUGGUGAAUGUAAUUUUAUUUUUCUUAAAUAUGGCAUUAAUAUUUUAUGGUGUUUCUCUAGUUCGAACACUACAAAAUAUUUCUAGAGACGUACGUAAACUAAAGCUCUUUUCAAAGCUUUGAUACAUGCUUUGCCUAGCCGAAUAAUUUUUCCAAGAUACGUUGAACAAAAGUAUAUGUAAAACACAAACCUUAAUAAUUUCAAGAUACGUUGACUUUUACGCCACAUUUUAACUCGUAAUUUUAUCAAUACUUUGUUAUUUUCUAAUAACAACUUAGAUAUUUCUCAUUUUAUUCAAUAAUAUCCACCCUGUUUUUUUUUUAUCAAAUCAACUUUAAAAAAUAUUACUAAUCAAACAGUUCACUCACACUUGAGAUAAAGAAUGCAACACUUUACUCAAUGAAAUGAUCGACAGAAAAGCAAAGCAGUAUAUAUGAAAAAGUGGAAAGAAAGAAUAAUAUAAGUCAUAUCUUUAGUCAAGUUACUGGUAGUGAUUGGUGAAGAAAGAGAAAGCUGUAUAAAGUGGUAUAGCUUUAACUUUUACCAAUCAAGUAUAAAGCAAAGUGAAGCUUCUUUCUCCUGUAUAUGUAACUAAGCAAUCGAUUCACACUUUGUAAAUCUACUUCUUCUUUGUUCUUCUUAGCUUCUCAAAAAAAAUAAAAAAAAAUAAUCUCUCAGCCAGAAAUUUGGGGAAAAAAGUUAGAAGACAUUCUUCCAGUUUCAAGUAACUAGAGCUAAGUAUGUCUAAUGAAGGUCCUAGCCUUCACGUCGAAUGUAAGUUACAUAUAUAUAACAUAAGUAGUAUAUAUAAUAUAAUAAAUCUUUAUAUUCCAGAUGUUAGUCAUUUCUUUAUAUACAUAAAAAUAUUUUUCACAUUUUUUAGAAAGAAAAUUGGCUUCCUUUUGAGGAACGCGUUGUGCUUGAACUAUAUGAAGUUGAGCUUGCAAAAGUAGACUAUAAUACAUAUGGUCUAAAAAAACCUCAUCGAAAUCGUAUUUUGAGUGAACUGUUAAAGCGGACGGGGAAACAUGUUGAUAAUUGGAUAAAGGUCAAAAACAAGAUAGAUACAUUGAAGGGAACUUACAAAGAAUGGAUCGACAUUAUGGGUAAAACAGGUGUAAGUUCAAAUCAGAGAACUGGAGUUAUCUGUAUGGAUGAUGAUUGGUGGCAGUCGCGCGAGACGGAGAGUAAAACAAUUAUGGCUUGCCACUGCCAACCGCCAAAAUAUUGGGAUGCACUACAACGUAUUUGUGGACAAUAUGAUGUAUCAAGUGAACAUAUGUAUGAUGUUGAUGGAGCACGAAGAGAGCUAUAUGAAGAAGAUGCAAGAGCUGAUUUCAGUGGUGGUAUUGGUGAUGGUGCUGAUGAAGAAGAUGUAAGAGCUGACUACACACCUCAAACACAUGAAGAAAAUACUUAUUUUCCAGAUAACUCAUUUAUUGAUCCACAAGAAACAUAUGAAGAUGUUCUCUCUGCAGCAACACAGGAGACAUAUGGAGAUAUUCCAGUUGCAUCAACAGAAGAAAUCCACACUCGUUCAGGUAGACAUACCACCUGUGCUGCGCCAUACAGUGCCGGACGAGGAGAAAGUAAUCAACGAAGAAGUAAUUCACGAGUUCGUUCAGUUGGUAGUAGAGAUCGCGGGAACCGUAGAUGGCAUCAAUUUGAAAGUUCAGUUACCACUGCAUUCCAAGGAAUAGCAGAUGCACGACGUGUGACUGUAUCAGCCCUGCGACCUGAUAGGUACAGUCUUGAAGAAUAUGCAAAAUUUAAAGAUGCAUUUGCUAUACUAAAUUCUUUACCAAUUGAGAAGUACAAACUAUUUUGGAAAGCAUCAGCGAAGCUGCUUAAGGAGGAUGCAAGGUGGCGUAAUACAUUUUUAGACACUUCUUUUGAGUCAGAUGAAGAUAGAACCCAAUUUUUGGAAAGUAUAACUGAAGUGGAACGGCUAGAAACCGUAACUCCUGGAAAUUUGUCAAAUUUUGGGUCAUUUUUAAGUGGUUCAAGCGGCGGAAGUGUGCCAUCAUCAGGAAGUUCUGUUGGACAUUUGUCAGGAAAUUCUGUGGGACAUUCAUCAGGAAAUUUUGAAUAUAGGUUUGCUGAAAUUUCACAGUUUCAACCAUCUCCUGCUAUGGGACAGUUAUUUCCACCUCCGGGGGUAGGAUUUAAUAUGCCUGGGCAUAUGAUGGGUGCACCUUAUGUACCGAUGAUGUUUCCUCAAGGAUUUUCUGGUUUUCCUUUCGUGUCCUCGUCGCCUGCUACACAAAUGAUGCAAACAUCUUCAGGAGUUUUUAAUGUUUGGGCAUCAACAACAAUCGGUGGAAUUUCAACUACUCAAAUGGGAGAAACGAGUCAAGGAACAAGAACAAAUUUUUUUCCUGGUUUUGUAACGCCUACUAGACGGUCAACAGAUAUUGGAUAUAGGUUUGGUGUACCAUCGGGAAUUGGUACACAACCACGACAGUUAAAUUUUAUGGAUGAUAAAACAUCAAAUAAUACCACUGAUAACGAGAAACAUUGAAUAAACAAUAUUCAAAGUUUAUGGUUUUAAUUAAUGUUUGUAUU